GAUUGUCAGUCGCAAUUCAGAGGAGCAGAGAGCCAGAGGGGUUGAAUGAAAUGAGCAGAGGUUGGAUGAGGGAGAAGCAUUGCUGGUAAAAAAUUGAACACUUGGAUAUCUACAGCAGUUAUGAGACAACAAGCCACAGUUUUCCUCUUGCUGCAGCUCAUGUUUGAGCUUUCGUCAUGCACACUUAUUCGGAUGAUAAGUGGUUCGGCUGUGGAGUUGCCCUGUUUUCCUUCUCAAACCGAUUUCACUGGAGAGGAUAUCACUUGGAAAUUCAAUGGAAAUGAAAUAAGUCCUACAGCUCUGUCAUCUGGCUCAGCCAAAAUUAUCAAAAAUGGCUUGUACCUCUCUAUAUCCCCUGUAACUUUUGCCAGUCAGGGUGAGUAUAUGUGUUUGGCAAAGUGGAACGAAAAUGAGGUGAUACGAAGAUAUAACAUCACAGUUGAUGGAUUGUUCAGCUAUACGGUUGUGGCGACUGAAGGCUCCACUGUGAACCUCCCGUGCUAUUUCCCGUCCUCUAACCAAGUCAUGGCCAAUGCACUGUGGUUCAAAGAGACAGGUGCCAGUCAGAGAUCACAGUUGAAGCUUGAAGAUGACUUUACAGGUGACAAGAAACUGGAUCUGCUCUAUCCCAUGGACAACGAUCAGACCAUCAUACUCAGACGUGUAGUUGUGGAGGAUGCUGGAGUUUACAGCUGUGAAUCUGCAGAGGGGCAGAUACUCAGCACUGGAUAUCUUAUCGUAGCAGCUGCUCCUGCUUCACCCCCUCUCCUUUGCAAUGACACCAGCAAAGAGUGGGAGCCCUGCCAGGACGAAAACAGCCGCACAGCUGAAACCGUACUGCAAGAGUCCCUUACAGAGUUUUCCAUGAAGGUGUAUUCUCACCUCAGAGAAAUAAAUCCCUCUUCAAACUUACUCUUCUCUCCCAUCAGCAUCAGUGGGGUGCUUUCUCAUUUGUUGUUAGGUGCACGUAAUGAGACCCGCAGAGCCAUUGAAAGAGCUGUCUCUGUGCCGCAUGACUUCCACUGUGUUCAUGUCCAGAUGAAGAAGCUGAGAGAGAAGAUGAGCCACUCCUUGCAGAUGGCUUCUCAGAUGUACUAUAACCCUGAAUUGAAUCUAAGCAAGUACUUUACUAACCAGUCCAUUCAGUACUAUGAAGCAGAACCCACGAAACUGCUGGAAUCCAGUGAUGAAAAUGCCCAGAUGAUAAACAGCUGGGUGGCAAAUAAGACCAAAAACAAAAUCACGCAUUUGGUUGACUCUGUACCAACCAGCACACAGCUGAUCCUGCUCAAUGCUGUCUCCUUUAGUGGUGAGUGGAAGUUCAAGUUUGAGAUAAAAUCAAGGAAAGGUUAUUUCACAAAACUGGAUGGGGAUCUAGUUUCUGUGCCGAUCCUCUACCAUGAAAAAUACAUGGCAGUUGUUAUGCAUAGUGUUGAGCUAAAGGCACAGGUGGCAAAGUUUGCGCUCACAGGUGACAGCAGUCUGUACAUUUUGCUGCCUCUCAACAACAAAGCGACCGCCCUGCAGCAGGUGGAGGAGAAGAUGACAGACACAGCCGUCCGUCAAAUGAUACAGCAAAUGAAAGCAGUCAAUUCUCAUCCUACUGAAGUCACUCUGCCCAAAAUCACACUGGAUGAUGAGCCAAACAUUAACAUUCUCAUGAAGAAAUUAGGUCUGUCAUUGCUCUUCGAAGGUGCCAGUCUUUGCGGCCUCUACACUGAGCAGAGGGUGGUGCUGGAUGAUGCCAGACACAAAGCUGUCCUUGUUCUGACCAAACAAGGAGUCGAGGCUGCCGCUGCCACCUCUCUGUCAUUCUCUCGCUCCUACCCUUCCUUCUCUGCCCUGCGGCCUUUUGUUUUGCUGCUGUGGAAUGACCGGGCUAAUGUGCCGAUGUUUGUUGGCAGGGUUACUGACCCGUAAAAGGAAGAAUGAAAGAAAGGAAAAGAGAUGUAACAGAGGGAAAUAAGCUGAACAUAUAUAAUUAUGAGAGCUUCUUUUUCAGCAAGAUAAGAAGGAUAAUAAAUGUUGUAUGAUGUAGAAAGUGAUAAGUAAUACUUACAUAAACAUACAUCCAAGCUUGGAUUUUGACAAAUAAACACAUAAGUGCA